GGCACGAGCUCACGCGUGCGCAGAGCGCGAGCUGCGGGCCGUUGGCGGUUGGUCCACUGGCGGAGGCGGUUGCCCGGGUGACAGCGGUUCGCGCGUAACGCUCGGCGCCCUGGGCCCGGUGCACCGGUUUGGGGGUUUGACUCCCAGGGUGACAGCCCCCAGUCUGCAGAUCCGCCGAGGGUCUAGAAUCCUGAGGUGGAAGGGCCCGUUUGCUUUAGGGAGCGUGUGGUUGGCCUUGCCCUGACGCAUCCCUCAGAGAUGCCAAGGUGCAGAAGCCUGGUCACCUGAGCUCUCCUUCCCGGGUCUGGCUCCAGGGUCUUGGGUUGUUCCCGGCACCCUCCCGGAGACACUAGGGCAGGGUCGGAGGGUCGAGCCAGGGGCCGUGGCCUCACGGUGGGUGUGGCGCACGCGUGCCGACGGGAUGCCAAGCCGUUGGCCCGGGGCCGCGGAGCCGCCCGCAUUGGCCUGUACGGAAGGCGGCGACGGAUCAGCUGGACAUUCUUAUCACCAGAAUUCCAAAGGCCCUGGUGAGCAGCAUAAAGCAGAUAGAAUCAAAGAGGGAAAUAGAGUGUACUCACACAUUGCCAAGCUGCAGGAGUUAUGGAGAACCACUCAACUCCAAACAGUUCAUAUCCCUAAAUCAGUGACAGAUGCAUCUUUUCUAAAGCACCCAGAACUUACCUCAGGCCAGAGGCGCCACCUGUGCAGCGUUGCUAAGAUCUGUAACUCCAGCUAUCUGAGGACCUUAAUGAAGAGGCAGUACAUGCAUUUGUUUCAUAAUGUUUCACAAAAGCCAGGUGUCCUCACUCAUCACAGAAGCCAUAUCAGCUCUCGCUACUCACAGAAACAGACCUCCCCCUGCACUACAUGGCGACAUCAUCUGGAGAGAGGAGAGUCUUUGAGCAUUGCAGCUGCAACACCUGAAAUGAUCAUACAUUCCCUUUGGCGACCACUGAGACACAAAGAAGGGUUAAAAAUUGGAUAUGCAUCUAAAACAAAAUGCAAGUCACUGAAGAUUUUUAGAAGACCAGGCAGACUGUUCUUGCUACCAGUUUCUUCAAAUGAUUACCAACCAGGCACGAAUGAAGAAACAAAGGAAGAUGAUCUACUGAAUAAAUGCAUGCAGUCCAUGUCCAUUCAAGAACAAGACACAUCUCAUCUCAACCUGACAGUCUAGUCCUCCAUAUCAAGUUCAGCUAUCAGCAAAUAUUCAGAUGCUGGGCAGGAGGCAGACAAGGGACAGUUGGGAACCAUGUAUGGGACAGUGCUAGUCGCCAGUUUGUUGUUUUGGUUGUUGGGAAAUUUACAGCAACCUCCUUUGUCCAAUAUACUUUUGUGUACCAGUGAUAUCUGUGUAAUGUAUGCAUGUUUUUAGCUAUGAACAAUUAAAAUUUUAGUUGAC